AUGUCUCGAUUUGCUGACCCUGUCUCUGAUAGUUACAUUUCUGAUUUCGUUGAAUCGGUUAAACCUCAAAAUACUAAGCGGCAUGAAGAUUGGGUGAAAAAUUUAUGGUUUGAAUGGUCAUGUAAUCGUGAAAAAUUAACUGACCAUGAAAAACCUCCAUCCACAGUUGCUGAGCUUCAAAUUGAAAAUUGUUAUGAUUGGGUAAAAAAGUUCAUUGUUGAAGUCAGAGCUAGCGAUGGAAAGGAGUAUGGACCUACUUCAAUCAAAUGUAUCGCUGCAGCUCUUUACCGAUUGAUGAAAGCUAAAGGCUUCAAAGGACCGAGUUUCCUAUCAAGAAACUCACCUGUUUUGCCUGUUGUUGAUGCUAAAUUGAAAACAUUGAAAGCUAAAGGUGUUGGUUUAGAGGUGAAAAGAGCCGAUGUAAUUGAAGUGGCUGAUGAAGUUAAAUUAUGGUCCUCUGGGGUAUUAAAUAUGGAUACCUCUCAAGGCCUUUUAAAUGCCGUUUUCUUUUAUAAUGGCAAGGUUUUGGCCCUUCGUGGCAGGAGUGAACAUUACAACUUACAAAUAGAGCAAUUCAAUUUCAAAGUUGACGGUGAAGGUAAAUUUUAUGUAGAAUUUUGGCCGCUGGUUAGGAAGACUAAUCAAGGAACAACAAAACAUUCAAAAAUACGGUCAGAAUGCCUCAAACAGUUUGAUACUCAAGCAAAAAACUCGUAUUAUAAGCUUUUAAAGCUGUAUAUAAGUAAGUUACCAGAAAAAUCUGGUAAUUUAUACCGGAGAGCAAUUUCUGGUAAAGAUGGACCAAAAUAUGGACUUCAAGUUGUUGGUAUAAAUACUAUUGGUUCUAUGCUGAAGAAAAUGUUUGGUGAAGCUGGCAUAGUUGAUGAUCGUGUCAUCAGCAACCACGGCCUCAGAGCAACAGCAGCUACAACAAUGUUUGAGUCUGGGUUUAGUCAACGGACUAUUUCAAUUCGUACUGGUCAUAUUUCAAAUGCAGUCAACAAUUAUAUACGUGACAACAAAAUUACAAAUCAAGCUGUUUCUGCUUGCCUUGAGCCAGUAAGUUCAAAUGUGGCUCUAGAAUCAGAAUCUCUAGAAUCAGAAUCUCUCCAAUCAGAAUCUCUCCAAUCAGAAUCUCUCCAAUCAGAAUCCCUUCAAUUAGAAUCCCUACAAUCAGAAUCUCUUGAAAUUGAAGAAAUAAAAAAUUUCAAUUCACCUCGAAAAAGGUCAUCAGAUGAAACUGAUGGACCUAUUACAAUUGAAUUGAGUCGUGGCUCGAAACAUUUGAAAAUUACAAUGUAA